AUCUCUCUGCAACUUCAAGAUAAGUUCGGUCAGCUAAACUCCACCUAUCUACCUCCAUUUUUAUUCUCUCAAUAUGAGUGUUCUUGGAGCCUUGUAGUUCUUCUUAGCAUAUUCCCAACAAUCUUCAACACACAUUGCUAAAGUGGCAUGACUCAUUGACAACCAAAAGCCUUAUGAGAUGGAAGCCAUGAACAUUUAAAAGCCAAUAUGGAGAGAAUAUUAAACAGGUGCUCUAGUAAGGCAAUGAAGGCCAUGAGAUGUUUCUCCUUCUCUUCAUCCUCCCAUGGAGAAAGGAAUAAUGACACGAGGACCGCAAAGUCUACUCCAGGCCAUUCAUCUCCUUCCAUAUCCAACGGCCAAGAUGAUCAGAGGAAAUCGGGCUCUGAGUUUACUUCACAUGAUAACUCGGAUGUUAGCACCGAGUCCUCCACCAGGACUUCUUUCACAAACUUGAUACAAAGACCAAGUCGUAAUAGUAAUAGCUAUAAUAAUAAUAUCAGAGAAUUCACAUUCUCUGAGCUAAAAUCAGUCACAAGAAACUUCAGCCGCGCGCUAAUUAUUGGAGAAGGUGGUUUUGGAUGUGUGUAUCGCGCUGUUCUUAAAACUAAUGAUGGUUCGGGUAAAAAGAUAGAUGCUGCUGUUAAACAACUUGGCAGAAGAGGGCUGCAGGGACACAAGGAGUGGAUUACAGAAGUAAAUGUUCUUGGGUUCGUUGACCACCCAAAUUUGGUCAAACUGGUUGGAUAUUGUGCUGAAGAUGACGAAAGAGGGAUUCAACGUCUUCUCGUGUAUGAAUAUAUGCCAAAUAGGAGUGUCCAAGAUCAUCUGUCUAGCAGGGUUCAAACGCCUAUUCCAUGGUCUACACGACUGCGAAUCGCGAAAGAUGCUGCUAGAGGGUUAGCUUACCUCCAUGAAGAAAUGGAAUUUCAGAUAAUCUUUAGAGAUUUCAAAUCUUCAAACAUUCUGUUAGACGAGAACUGGAACGCGAAGCUUUCAGAUUUUGGAUUGGCUAGAUUAGGUCCGUCAGACGGGCUAAGUCACGUCUCAACAGCAGUAGUCGGAACCGUUGGAUAUGCAGCUCCAGAAUACAUCCAAACCGGACGCCUUACAUACAAGAGUGAUGUAUGGAGCUAUGGAGUGUUCUUAUAUGAACUUAUAACGGGCCGGAGGCCAUUGGAUCUUAACAGGCCCAAACAUGAGCAAAAGCUAUUGGAUUGGGUAAGACCACACAUCUCACAUGACUUAAGAAAAUUUCAACUGAUUAUAGACCCUCGGCUCGCGGGGAACUAUUCUCUAAAAUCCGCACAAAAGCUAGCCGCGGUAGCUAACAAGUGCUUGCAAAAACAACCAAGAAUGAGGCCAAGAAUGAGCCAAGUGUUGGACAUGUUGAACCAGAUUGCGGAAGGCGAUAUGGCGAGUCCAGAAACACCAUUGCCGCCAUUCAAGUCUGCCACAACACCGAGUAAUGGCGGUUGUGAGAGGUCAGUUAGGGAGGGGUUGAAGAGGAGGCUUGUUGAUCCUGUCAUUGUUGAUAACAAGUGGUUGGGUUGUUUGAUAGGGAGUCCUAAGCUCGUGAAAACUAAUUAAAUGCGACUAUGUUAGCGUGUUGUAUAAGCGCGCGAUCACAAAUAUAGACUAUUUAUAAAUGUAACCGAAUAAGAUAUAAGUUAUAACAUUAUUGUUGUUAAACUUAUAUACAAUACCACAACGUUAUCAUGUUUUGUUACAUGAUUAGCAUGCUAACAAGUUAUAAAAAAAGUUGUUACCGGCUA